AUGGUUAUAUCUGAAUGGUGUGCUAAAAAUAAACUAAAUUUAAAUUGUAAUAAAACAAAAGCUGUAAUCUUCGGUACUCCGCAUAGAGUAGCUGAACUCGAAUCUGUUUCCGUUCCUUGCAUUGCUGUGGAUAGUAAUGUCAUCGGUUACUAUAAGUCGGUAAAAUACCUAGGAGUAAUUCUUGAGAAUACGUUAACGUGGUCUCUACAAUUUACGAACAUGUGUAAUAAGAGUAUGAGAACUCUUGCUCAGCUCAAGAUGAAUGGAGGUAUUUUUAAUCUCCAGUUGAGGAAAAAACUUGUUUCUACGUUGAUAUUUCCCAUUUUCGACUACUGUGCAGCAAUUUAUACAGACAAUACUAGACAAUACUAUAAGGAUCUGCACUGGCUAACUUUGAAGACUAGACGUGAGUUUUUUCUAGCUUGUUUUAUUUAUAAAGCAUUACACGUGAAUCAAAAGCCCCUCAUUGGAAAAGACUUGCGUGUUUUAGAAUCUCGUCUCCGCAGGGGUGACGGAUGCCAAGACUUGCUUAUGAUUCCCUUUUGUCACAGUGCUAAAUAUGACAAAUCUUUCUUAGUAAGCGCAGUAAGAGUGUGUAACAGAUUGCCUGAGUAUUAUACGUCACAACCUACGUUCCUUAAUUUUAGAAAAUCUUGUUAUGAAUAUUUGUUCUCCUCAGAAGGCUCUUGA